GGUUACUAUGGCGGAGUCGGCCAGAGCCUCCUCCUUCUUCCCCCUUGUCGUCCUCCUGCUUGCCGGCAGCUGCGGGUCCGGGCCCCGGGGGAUCCAGGAUGGAUCUGGGAGAGACGAUCAGGAUUGUAUUCGCUCCCGAUGUACAAAGCCUGGGCUUUGACUUCUCAGCAGCCCCUAACCUUCCAGCUAUGGGAGAUCAAGUGUGUGUUCUGUGGCUCUCCUCUCCACUAAAAAUAAUGAUUCUCAGCUCUGCAGUGUGCAUGUACCAGCUGCCUCCAGGCCAACUACACGUGUGAGACAGAUGGGGCCUGCAUGGUUUCCAUUUUCAACCUGGAUGGCAUGGAGCACCACGUGCGUACCUGCAUCCCCAAAGUGGAGCUGGUCCCUGCCGGGAAGCCCUUCUACUGCCUGAGCUCUGAGGACCUCCGCAACACCCACUGCUGCUAUACUGACUUCUGCAACAAGAUUGACCUGCGGGUGCCCAGUGGUCACCUCAAGGAGUCUGAGCACCCUUCCAUGUGGGGCCCUGUGGAGCUGGUGGGCAUUAUUGCUGGCCCAGUGUUCCUCCUGUUUCUCAUCAUCAUCAUUGUUUUCCUUGUCAUUAACUAUCAUCAGCGUGUCUAUCACAACCGCCAGAGACUGGACAUGGAAGAUCCCUCAUGCGAGAUGUGUCUCUCCAAAGACAAGACGCUCCAGGAUCUUGUCUACGAUCUCUCCACAUCAGGGUCUGGCUCAGGGUUGCCCCUUUUUGUCCAGCGCACAGUGGCCCGAACCAUCGUUUUGCAGGAGAUUAUUGGCAAGGGCCGGUUUGGGGAAGUGUGGCGUGGCCGCUGGAGGGGUGGUGAUGUGGCUGUGAAGAUUUUCUCUUCUCGUGAAGAACGGUCUUGGUUCCGGGAAGCAGAGAUAUACCAAACGGUCAUGCUGCGCCACGAAAACAUCCUUGGAUUUAUUGCUGCUGACAAUAAAGAUAAUGGCACCUGGACACAGCUGUGGCUCGUCUCAGACUACCAUGAGCAUGGCUCCCUGUUUGAUUAUCUUAACCGAUACACAGUGACCAUUGAGGGGAUGAUUAAGCUGGCCUUGUCUGCAGCUAGCGGGCUAGCACACCUGCACAUGGAGAUUGUGGGCACCCAAGGGAAGCCUGGAAUUGCUCACCGAGACUUAAAAUCAAAGAACAUCCUGGUGAAGAAAAAUGGCAUGUGUGCCAUCGCAGACCUGGGCCUGGCUGUCCGCCAUGAUGCAGUCACGGACACCAUCGACAUCGCCCCGAAUCAGAGGGUGGGGACCAAACGAUACAUGGCCCCCGAAGUGCUCGAUGAAACCAUUAACAUGAAGCACUUCGACUCCUUCAAAUGUGCUGAUAUUUAUGCCCUCGGGCUUGUGUAUUGGGAGAUUGCUCGGAGAUGCAAUUCUGGAGGAGUCCAUGAAGAAUAUCAGCUGCCGUAUUAUGACUUAGUGCCCUCUGACCCUUCCAUUGAGGAAAUGCGAAAGGUCGUAUGUGACCAGAAGCUCCGUCCCAACAUCCCCAACUGGUGGCAGAGUUAUGAGGCUCUACGGGUGAUGGGGAAGAUGAUGCGGGAGUGCUGGUAUGCCAAUGGCGCGGCCCGCCUGACCGCUCUGCGCAUUAAGAAGACCCUCUCACAGCUCAGCGUGCAGGAAGAUGUGAAGAUCUAAGCCUCUCCCUCCCCUGCACGCAGCCCUGGGCAGCGGGAACUACAUGCAGAGCUGCCACGUUGAGCGUACAAUGGAGGCCUACCUCUCGUUUCUGCCCAGCCCUCUGCGGCCAGGAGUCCUGGCCCGAAAGAGGGACCGAGCCCGGGAGACUCCCUCACUCCCAUGUUGGGUUUGAGACACAGACACCUUUUAUAUUUACCUCCUAACGGCAUGGAGACUCUGAGAGCGAAGGGUGUGGAGAACUUGAUGCCACAACUUGAGCUGGCUGUGGUGGGAAGUCCGCAACCCUGGUGCGCUGGCGGGCGGCCUGGACCGCCUGGACGAAGCCGAGUGUCGCCAGGGCACCAGUGCCGUGCAGCACUGAGGGUUUUCCUCCAGGGACCAACCCCAGCACUCUGAGGUGGCCCAGAGGCACCAAGAGGACAGCGCCCUCUCACAGGCAGCUCUGGGCCCCAGGCUCCCCUCCUCCCUCCUGAGGACAUCUGGAGGGCCCCCCAGUGGAGACGGGAUCUGCCGCCUGUCUGUCCAGCCAUGUGUGUGUGCAUGUGCCGAGGUGCGUCCCCUGUUGUGCCUGGUCCGUGCCACGCCCUUACACAUAUGUGUGUGUGUAUGUGUGUGUCUGUAGGUGCGCACUUACCUGCUUGAGCUUUCUGUGCAUGUGCAGGUCGGGGGUGUGGUUGUCAUGCCGUCUCUGCGUGCUGGUGCCUCUGUUCGGUAGUGAGCAGCGUCUGGUUUCCCUGGUGCCCUUCCCAGAGGUCUUACUCCCAGCCCCUCCCCGCCCCAGGAACCCCAUGCCGUGGUGGGGCUCCCUGCCCAGCAGGCUGCCCCACCCACCCCAUGUCAACACCUCCACUUCAGACUGUGGAACCAAAGCUGGCCCAGUUGUCCAUGUCAGGCGAGGCUUUUGGGUCCAAAUGUGAGGCGUGGGGGUGGGCGGGGAAAGAAUCUUGGCGGAAGUGUCAGGCGGUGCAGUUAGUGGCAGCCGUGGGAAAUGAGCCAGCCCAAGGGCAUGGUCCUCAGCAGCAGCAGGAAGGGCCAAGGGAUUUGAAGCCCAGAUCCUGGGACUCAGAUUGGAAUGUCACAUCUGUCUUUCAUAUCCCAGAUUCUGGAAACAGCAGUGUAUAUUUUUGGUGGUGAUGGGUUUAGGGUGGGGAAGGGAGAGGGGGGCAAGGAGUGGGGAGGGAGUCCGGGGUGGGAGGGAGGCAUCUGCAUGGGUCUUUUACUGGAUUAUCUGAUUACGGUGGAGGGAAGAUGUGAGACUUGCACCCACUUCAGGGGCCCUGUGAAAGGGAACAGCCCGAGCCAAAUCUCUUCUUUUAACCUGAGUAUAGUAUUUAAUGACGUCUAGAAGCACGGUUGUGGGUGGUGAUUUGCUCAGCAUAUCUUAGGUAUAUAAUAACUUUGAAGCCAUAACUUUUAAACUGGAGUGAUUUGGGUUGUUUGUUUCUUUUUUCCUUCCUCCUUUCUCUCUCCUCUCUUUCCUUUCUUUUACUUUCUUAAUUUUAUUGGAAGGGUCUGAAUUUUAACUUUUUUUAAUAUUAUUAAGUGUUUAUAAAAGGAAAACCAUCUCUAUGUGAUGAUUACCUCUCAAUCUCUUUGUUUUUAAAGAAAUUCCUACGAAACAACCACAAAAAAAAAAAAAAAA